GCACCGCGACGGUGCCAGCCGUAGGGGCGUGACUGAGCUGGAUGCAGGCGUUCCGCUAGGCCUGGCGGCGAGGAAAAGGCGAUUUUGAAGCUUUUAGUGGCAGGAGGGAGCUGAGGCGGCUACUGAAGGCAUCUACUACAUUCAGGGGAACCUUUAAGGCGUCCAUAUAUCCGCAACGAAUAAUGAGAAGAAAUAAGAAAGCACUUCCUUUGAGCCGGAAAUGCCAAAGGACUCCUCAGUCACGUGAUGCACAUGCGCCAGAGGCCCAACAUGUAAAACAAGCACGGGCUUUCUUAUUCUGCACCUUUAAAAUCAGGCGUUGUGAAGUUGGGAGACUGCCUUAAGGAGGAUCAUUUUUCUCUUUCACGUCUGCUUUCUCUGCUGUUAGUGUGAUCGCCGCAUUCUCCGCAGGGGCUACAGUAAGCGUUUCUGCCUCCUUAGCUGACUUCCGCCCAUGCCCAAGAUGGCGGUUGAGUGGCUUGCCCAGCUUUCACGGGGCUGGGCGGUGUUUGACGUCUGAGCCGGUAGCGGGAGGAGCGGCUAGUAAAUAGCAAAUGCUGGAGCUGCUGCGCGGGAGUCAGUUAUGGACUGGAAAGAAGUUCUUCGCCGGCGGUUAGCGACGCCCAACACCGGACCAAACAAAAAAAAAAGUGAACAAGAGUUAAAAGAUGAAGAAAUGGAUUUAUUUACCAAAUAUUACUCAGAAUGGAAAGGAGGUAGAAAAAACACAAAUGAAUUCUAUAAGACCAUUCCCCGGUUUUAUUAUAGGCUGCCAGCUGAAGAUGAAGUCUUACUACAGAAAUUAAGAGAAGAAUCUAGAGCUGUCUUUCUGCAAAGGAAAAGCAGAGAGCUGUUAGAUAAUGAAGAAUUACAGAACUUAUGGUUUUUGCUGGACAAGCACCAGACACCACCUAUGAUUGGAGAGGAAGCAAUGAUUAAUUAUGAAAAUUUUUUGAAAGUUGGUGAAAAAGCUGGACCAAAGUGCAAGCAAUUUUUCACAGCAAAAGUCUUUGCUAAACUCCUUCAUACAGAUUCUUAUGGAAGAAUUUCUAUCAUGCAGUUCUUUAAUUAUGUCAUGAGAAAAGUUUGGCUUCAUCAAACAAGGAUAGGACUCAGUUUAUAUGAUGUUGCAGGACAGGGGUACCUUCGGGAAUCUGAUUUAGAAAACUACAUAUUGGAACUUAUCCCUACUUUGCCACAAUUAGAUGGGCUGGAAAAAUCUUUUUACUCCUUUUAUGUUUGUACAGCAGUUAGGAAAUUCUUCUUCUUUUUAGAUCCUCUAAGAACAGGGAAGAUAAAAAUUCAAGAUAUUUUAGCAUGCAGCUUCUUAGAUGAUUUAUUGGAGUUAAGGGAUGAGGAACUGUCCAAGGAGAGUCAAGAAACAAAUUGGUUUUCUGCUCCUUCUGCCCUAAGGGUAUAUGGCCAGUAUUUGAAUCUUGAUAAGGAUCACAAUGGCAUGCUCAGUAAAGAAGAACUCUCCCGCUAUGGAACAGCAACCAUGACCAAUGUCUUCUUAGACCGUGUUUUCCAGGAGUGUCUUACUUAUGAUGGAGAAAUGGACUAUAAGACCUACCUGGAUUUUGUUCUUGCAUUAGAAAACCGAAAAGAACCUGCAGCUCUGCAAUAUAUUUUCAAAUUGCUUGAUAUUGAAAACAAAGGAUAUCUGAAUGUCUUUUCCCUUAAUUACUUCUUUCGGGCUAUACAGGAACUAAUGAAAAUCCACGGACAAGAUCCUGUUUCAUUUCAAGAUGUCAAGGAUGAAAUCUUUGACAUGGUAAAACCAAAAGAUCCUUUGAAAAUCUCUCUUCAGGAUUUAAUAAACAGUAAUCAGGGAGACACAGUCACCACCAUUCUAAUUGAUCUGAAUGGCUUUUGGACUUAUGAGAACAGAGAAGCCCUUGUUGCAAAUGACAAUGAAAACUCUGCAGAGCUUGAUGAUACAUGAUCUCUCAAAGACUAGACUGUAUUCAUUAAGAUAAGCUUGAGUGCUGCAUGUAAAAUCUUUGAGGCAGAAUCCUUAGAAAUGGUCUAAAUAAAACACUUCAAGCCUGUAGAACACAACAAAUGUCCUCGUUAUCAGAAUUAAUCAUUCGGAAGCAAUAGGACCAAAUUGGUAAAUUUGGUUCCACUUAGCUCAAAUAUGGCAAGUGUGAUUUGGUCAAGGCAGGAGACCACUUUAAUUGUGUAAUCUUUAGAAAUAAAGGAAGUUUUCAUGGAAUAUUUCUGACAUGAGUCAUUAGGAAUUUGAAUAUUUGAAGGAUAGUUUAAAUUAUAAAUGUCAUUUAACCUUGAGUCUUUUACUAAAGUAUAUAUAUCAAAGAUUAUAGACUUCCCCAUUUUUAAAGCCAUUUUAUUUUGGGGUUAGAAAUGUUUAGAUGUGUUUCUUUUAAUAGGAUGUUUCAAUAAAAUAUUCAAGUUAAUAUUUUACUUUAAUUAAAAUCAUUGGUAAAAAAA